AUGGAGUUUUAGUUUACAGUGGAAAUCAUUUCUUCCAGUUCAUCUUCAAGAAGAAGAAAAAACUCCAUUUUUAUCAAAUUAUCAACCAAGAAAUAAUUAAAGGGAAACUAUUAGCAAACUAAAACCUGAAGAAAAAAAAUGUCUGCCCUUCAUGUCUCAACGUUACUCAUCACUACGCAUGCCUCAUCAACUCGUCCGAAAUUCCCCUGUUUUUCACUUUUCCGAAAAUCCCUAUCGUUUCCCAAAUCUGUUUCUCAAUCUCAAAGGAGAAUCGCAACCUUUGUUUCUUCAAAAUCCUCGGAAGCCGGAGAGUUGCCGACGGCGGAAGAUAAGUUGCUCAGCAGGCUCCCGGAGAAGAACAAGCCCCUUUUCUCUCACAGCUUGCCUUGCAUUGAGUCAUGGCUUAGGAGUCUAGGGUUUUAUCGAAGCAGAGAGGAGCGUGCUGUUUGGUUGAUUGAAAAACCUGAUUGGCAUGCCCGGUUAUCUCUCGAUGUCACUGAUCUUUACAUAAGGUACUUGAAGAAUGGACCUGGGAAUCUUGAAAGAGAUGUCGAAAGGCGAUUCAGUUAUGCGUUGAGUAGAGAGGAUAUCGAAAAUGCAAUACUUGGAGGACCAUAAAGACUUCCGAGUUAGUUCCUCCUCAUGUAUAACUUUCGAUCAAGUAGUUGCAUAGUGUUUAAGAUGUCAGUUUAUCUACUUCCUGAGCUUUUAGGGUAUCAUAGCACCUUUUCUCCCGUCAU